AGAGACAUGACAUCUAUGAACACGUGGUUAAUCCCUGGCUCUCACGUGACUCAUACUUCUAGUCAUGGCCGACGACUACAGGCGACAAGGGUUCGAGUUGGAGAGAAGGAUAUUCGAGUUAGACAUCAAGUGUUCCGGGCUCAGAGCUGAGAAGCAAGAUGAUGACUAUUUACAGAAUGCGUCUGCCAUACUAGACAAGUUGAAAAGCUAUUACAGGCAAGGAGGGGAGAGUAGCAACCUUUCCAAGGUGCUUCAGGAUUACACACAGGUGAUCCUAGACAUCACAUUUUAUGAAGAAAAUAAACUGGUGGACCAGGAGUUCCCUGAGGACUGCUCACCAUUUAAAAUCCAGCAGCUGCUGCAAGACCUGACCGAGCCCGAAGUUUUGGCGGGGAGGCUAGCACCAGCGCAAGAAGUGCAGUCUGUGUUGGGCCUAGAGCUGCUAGAAUGCCUCUACUGGAGACGUGGAGCCUUGCUGUACAUGUACUGCCACACCCUUCAUCAACGAAAACAGUGGAUUAAGAAAAAUAAGGACACUUUCCUUAAGUGUAUUCAGGAAGGGGUGCGCUACCUAAUGCGGAUGCUGCAGGUGAGAAACUCUGUGAAGCUCAACGAUGGGGUGGUGCUCCAUGACACUGCUACAGCAAGCUUUUUAUCUGAAGGCAUCUUCUCAGACACGCACCUGUUGACGAUGAUGUACAUCGGGGAAAUGUGUUUCUGGGCCGUCAAGUACGAGGACUGCAGCGCUGACACUAUGGAUCGCAAAGAAGAUCGCCUCCAGUUUCGGGACAUUGGCACACAGAUCCUCAACAAAUACGUGCUCGCCUGCGAGGGUCCUCUGCAGGGCCAGGGCUGGAACACAGAAAAUGCCAAGGAAAUCCUUAGUAUUUUACAGUGAAACAAGCUGUUGCCCUCAGGCACAGAUCUAAAAGUUCAGUAUUUAAAUGUGUGUCAACCCCAAAUAAAAGUGGAAUCCAACA